AUGGCAACAAGUCGAGAAGUGAGGGAGCCUCGUGCAGCAAAAACUAAAGCUGCUGACUUUUUAAAGGAAUUCAAGAAUUCUGGAAAUUACGAAGAGCCCUUAUUUAGUGAUGACAGUAACGACAGUGAUGAAUAUCGUCCACCUUUUGGAGAUCACGAAAGUGAUGUUGACUCAAACUUAGGUGAAGAGUACGAGGCAUUGAUUAACAGUGAACUGAGUGAUGGACUAGGUUAUGUUGGAAACGGAACUCAAGAAGAUACAGAAGUUGAAGAAGAACAGUUGGACGAAAUUAGAGAAGAGGAGGAGAACGAAAUCAGAGAAGAAGAGGAGGUGUGGUGGGAAUGGACUGAAGUGACCGAAGUGCUGGUGGAUCAAGGAAGCGUACCAAGUACAUAUGCAAAACGUGCACUGUACAGCCUGCCAGCCAAUAUGGCGGCCGAGUUGCGACAGACGAGUGAGCGGCCACUCACGGUGGCCAUGCGACCUGAGAGAUCUGUGCAAGCGAGAAAUAAUGCAAGUUAUCUGGCCAGACUCAUCGUGGAGGCUCUUGACGGGUUGGGCGCCUUGACUGCUGCGGCCAAGAAGGUUGAGAUUGCUCCUGACUCCUGUACUGCCGUCCCCCCGCCGAUGGCGCCGCUGCCGCCGUCACCACCCUCACUACCGCCGCCGCCGCCGCCACCGUCACUACCGGCGCCGCCACCACCGUCACCGUCACCGCGAACAGACUCUCUACAGCUGACUCCAGAGCCCCCGAUGCCGACUAUAUCAGUCGUCUAG